CUCUUCGUCGCCAAUCCGCCGAAUCACGGACCGAGGCAAAAUAUCAAGCAACGACCACUCGCCAUUUACUCGAGGCUCGAGCGUAGUUGCGAGGGGAGGCGCGGCAAACACCUCGCCGGCCGGCGCAUACACACCCGCAUCGCGCAGCAUGGGGAACUGCCUCAAGCUGCAGCGCGCGGCGGUGUGGGCGGACGGCGACGAGUGGGAGGAGGAGUGGGCGGCGGGGAGCGAGGCGAAGGCCGCCGCCGCCGAGGCGAAGGUGGACCGGGUGGAGGUGAAGAUAAAGGUGACGAAGCGGCAGCUGCAGGAGCUGCUGGAGAAGGCCGGUGGCGGCCGUGGGGCCUGCAAGGCCAAGGCGCGGCAGGCGGAGAAAGUGCUGGCGGAGCUGAUGACCUCCGGCAGGGUGUGCUACGGGCAGCAGCACGAGGAGAUGCGGGGGCACUGGAGGCCGGCCCUGUACAGCAUACCGGAGUCCGCCGCCGAGGAGUCAUGACGGCUCACGAGUUUUUUUAGCCUUUUGGGCUCUUUGCCGGCGAGAGAGGGUGCUCGAUCAGAAUUUUCUGUCAGAUUAGUCCUGUAUGCGCACAGCAGUUGCUAUAGGAUUAGGAAGAUGCAGGUUUUAGCGAUUCUUUGUGAGAGAGUGCUGUACAGACUUACGAACUGAAAAUGCUGAUAGGAAGCAGCUACUGGAGCCAUUUUUUAACACCCGGCAAACCUCAGAAUGUUGCUGUA